ACCGCACGCUCCCGCUGCCGGAGCCCCGCAAUAUCAGUUUAACCCGCGGUCCUCGCGCUUAGAGGCGGGAGGACCGAGUUAUUACAGCCCGCACAGAGAAAUACAGCCCGGUUUCCCCUUCCGAGUCCUCUCACUAGCAGCUAAUGCUAACUAGCAGCUUCGGCUAACUAACCUACAGAGCGAGCGAGCCGUGGGGCCAGUCCUCAGAGCUGUGGCUAAUCUAACACUUCUGCACCCGCUGGUUUAGAGCUGUAAUACAGCAGCAUGGGCAGUGUGUUGGCUGCCACCUCCCCAAACCCCCCUGCUUCAGGGGGCAGUGGCACCCAAGCGGGCCCUGGACUGGUCACAGUGCCUCCAGGGUUCACCAUGCCCCCAGUGUCUCCGGCCCCAUCUUCCUCAGGCACGAGCGGCCAGGCUGGGACAGACACAGAGCCCCCUCUGCCCAACCCUGGGACGUUUGAGGAGUGUCAUCGGAAGUGCAAAGAGGUCUUCCCGAUGCAGAUGGAGGGCGUGCGGCUUGUGGUCAACAAGGGGUUAAGCAAUCACUUCCAGGUUAGCCACACAGUGACGCUUAGUACUGUUGGAGAAUCAGGUUACAGGUUUGGAUCCACGUAUGUUGGAAGCAAGCAAACUGGACCUGCUGAGUCUUUCCCUGUAAUUGUUGGCGAUAUGGACAACACAGGCAGUCUAAAUGCACAGAUUAUUCACCAGCUGACCACACACGUACGCUCCAAAGUGGCUAUGCAGACACAGCAGCACAAGUUUGUUAACUGGCAGUGUGAUGCAGAAUAUCGUGGAGAGGACUUCACUGCUGCUGUUACUCUCGGCAACCCAGACGUUCUUGUUGGAUCUGGUAUAAUAGUGGCACAUUAUCUUCAGUCUCUGUCCCCUGCUUUGGCACUGGGUGGUGAGUUGGUUUACCACAGGAGACCAGGAGAAGAGGGUACAGUGACCUCGUUAGUGGGCAGGUAUACAGGUAGCAACUAUGUGGCUACAUUGACUGUUGGAGGAGCUGGUGCACAUGCAUCGUACUACCACAAAGCUAAUGACCAGUUACAAGUUGGCGUAGAGUUUGAGGCAAGCACACGGAUGCAAGAAACAAGCGUGUCUUUUGGCUACCAGGUGGAUCUCCCCAAAGCUAAUCUUCUGUUUAAAGGUUCAUUAGACAGUAAUUGGGUGGUCGGAGCUACACUGGAGAAGAAGCUGCUUCCACUCCCUCUGUCUCUGGCUCUUGGCGCCUUCCUCAACCACCGCAAGAACAAGUUCCAGUGCGGCUUCGGCGUCACCAUCGGUUAGAGCAGCGCGGGCGUCUAAGGCUCAAAGCAGCUCCACCCCUCCACCAGGCUCGGACUGGUGUGGAGAGACAGGGGGACAUGGACCAACAACGAAACUGAAACAGACUCGGAGGCACUCCGACAGUACCCCGAUUUUACCCUACACAGACGGACCAGGCCAGAGAGCUGACCGGGCUAGCAAACUGACCAAGCUCUCUUCUAUCUAUCUACAAACAAACAAACAAACAAAAAAAAUCAGGCAAAAAGCGACAGGUUGUGUUUGCAGAUCAUUUUUCUUGUUUACUUACAAUAAUGGUGAGUCCAGGUUACGUGGAGAUGCCUUUUUCAUGUCUGCUCCUCGUCAUUUCUGCAGUCUGUAGACACUGAAAUAAUUUCUUAAAGGGAAACGCAUUAUCAUGUCAUCCUUCUUGCUCCUGUUCAGAAUGAGCAAGUGCAUAAAUUAAGUGCUCACUUUGAACAACGUCAUUCAAAACUCACUUUUAUUUAAGAGUGCUGUUGAGUUUCCUUACAAAAACAAUCUUUCCCUACAAAAAAAGGCAGCGUUUCAGCAGCAUUCUUCAGAUAGCAAAAAAAAAAACAAGCAACGAUUAGGCAGGACUAACGGGGUCUACCAUCUCCAAUCAUACUGUACUGUACUGUUAAGGAAUGGAAUAAGUCUCCGUGUCCCUUUGUCUCUAACCAGACAUACAAAGCUGUCGAGAGUUUUGACAGGUAGUAGACGCCUGUCUCUUUACUUUUUUUUUUUUUAGUUGAGGCCUUGGGCCAAGUUUGUAUGCUGGGUUUAUAUUUUUGUUAAUGAUCUCAGUAUUUGUUUUUAAAUCAGAAAUCACUUUCUAACGCCACAAGUUCAAGACCUUAUAACUGUAAAUCAGUCUGAGAGAAAUGAACGGAAAAAUGUCCACAACAACAAAAACAGCUUUAAGCCUAAAUGUGUCUCCUUUGAACUGGAUGAAAUCUGCUUUAUGUUCUUGGGUGCAUUAAGGGCUGUGUUCACACUGCAGGUAAAAGGGGUCCAAAUCUCAUUUUCUCACCAAUUCCAGUGCUUAUUUGAGGUUGUAUAUUUUAAAAGAAACUUUUAUAUCCAACAUUUGUCUAAACAGUAGUUAAUGCCCCUAAACUCACAUUCAUGUAGCACUUAGAAAGAAAGAGCAGCAGUGCUUCAAAUGAAAUUUCAGUUUCAUGUUCACCUUUACCAGCAUCAUCAGGAAUGCUUUUGAGGUUUGUAUAAAAAGUUUUUUGGACGUUGUUGUAAAAUUUUUAAGAUGUGUUUCCCUUUUUAACACUGAGCCAUUCAACUAAACCUUCUAAAAAGUUUGAUAAGCAACAUCACCCUGUGUCAAAUCAUACUCAAUCAAAUCAUACUGAUUAAGAGUGGGUUUAGAGAAGGGCUUUUACAAUGUACCUCUGUAUUGCACACUCAAGAGGGGUAUCCAGUUUGUGGUGCUAAGUCUUAAAUCUCUUUCCUCCACGAGACGUUAUGUUGGUCUUUACACAUUCUACAAAUGACAAAAACAGCAUGCACCUGUGCAGCAGUUACUCGGUGUAGUUCCAGUUAGUGUUUGAAUGAGGAACUCUAGCUUCUUGUAACUAAGAAAUUCCUACUGAUGAGCUGAUUGUCUAAAUGAGAGAAAUAUUGAGGAGUGGUUAUCAGAGCCGCAUUUCCAUAAAUCAGAAAAGAUAUGCAUUGGAUUUAUUUCAAUACCACAUGUGAAAGUGAUCCAAAUUGGAACUGAAACUAUUAGAUUCAGACCACUUUUACCUGCAGCUGUGUGAACAUAGUCAAGGAGACCUAUUUCCUAGGUCAGGGGUGGGCAGCUUGGUCCUUAAGUUUGGUGACUUUUUUAGAAGCAGGACCCUAUCACAUUUUCCUUUCUAAUAGCAAUAUUUAAAACAAUUUAAAUAAUGCUUUUUUUACAUGAUCAAAUUAAAAUAAUUUAUUUUUAUUUGGUCUACCCACUAUCUGAUCAUGCACUUAAACAGAUUCUCAUGGAUAUGUUUUCUCUACAUUCAGUAAUUUUUCUUCUCAAGAGAAAUUUGCUAACUUUCUAGGAGUUCUCCACCCCUGACCUAGGGUUAAAUAUUUAAACACCGUUGGCGUGCUGUCACUGUCACACUGAAGUUGACCGUCCAUUUGCAUAAACAUCCAAAGAUUAAAAGGUGCCCAGCUCUCCAAGUGUUCGAAUCCUGCUUAUGUAGCUUGCCUCAGCUGCUGGAGCCCUGAGAGAGCACAAUUGGCAUUGCUUUCUCUGGGAGGGUACAGUAGAUGGCACUGUUUCCUCACAUCACUCCAAAGGGUGAUGUGGAUCAGCACAAGGCUGCAGCUGUGAGCUGAUGUAUCAGAACCGAGUCGCUGCGCUUUCCUCCGAGCGUUAGCGUUGUGAUGCUACUUAGCAGUGCUGAACAUCAGCAGCAGUUGAAAAAGAGGCGGAGUCUGACUUUACAUGUAUCGGAGGAGGCAUGUGCUAGUCUUCACCCUCUUGCUGUUGGGACAUCACUAGUCCUAAUGAGUGGGUUGUGUUGGGUAAUUGGCCGUGUAAAUUAGGGAAAAAAUGGGACAAAAUUUAGAAAUUAAAAAUAUAUAUAUAUAUAAAAGGUGCCCAUCUAAACAAGAGCAAACCAGUGUCCACAAAUUGUGCAGGAGAGAUCCUACAGAUUAUAAAGUUAAGGAUAUAAAAAACAUUAGCAUUGUUUAAUAAUAAGAACUGGAGGAAAAUUGUGAAACAAUGAAUGAAUGAAACCAUGUCGGUGGUUCUCUAACUGGUGUCUCUUUAUUGCAAGUUGAGUUUGGGUUCCUUAAAAAUGUAUCCAAAUCUUUAAUUCUAUGAAGCUUUUGAGAAACUGGGUAGGGGACAGUCAAGAGAAGGAGAUGGGGGUCUCUACGGUACGGUUUGAGUUUGGUAACAACUGUUGAGACACUAUAAGCAUGUAAAUGUGAUCUUGGGGUAUAAUGUUAUUAAAACACUCCCAUUAAUCUCACUUUAGUACACCAACCCAGCGUUUGGGUUAGCUGCAGAAUGCUGUGUGUGUGCUAUCUGUAAGAUGAGCCAUAGUCAGUGUCCAGAUGGCCACGUUUAACUGAACAGAAAGAGACUCCCCAGUGGAGUAAGGGGAACGCAAGCAUGUUACAAUAACUGGUCGUUUGUUUUCUUCCAAUGAAUCAUGUUGGGAAUUAAGUGAGUUUGUGAGUUUCGCCACAAAAUUGUGCAAAUCCAGAUGUUACUGGAACGAUCUGUUUCAAACGCCUGUCUAAAAAUAAUUACGUAUUAUUACCCUGUAAUGUUUCUUUCUCAUGCAAUUAUUUCCUGUCUUUGUGACAUGGGGAAGGACUGCUUUUAUGGGUGUUGUGAUGGAUUAUUUUACAGUGAAAUUAAAUCGAAUUAAAAUCUG